AGGAGUGUCAUUCAAAGGGUGAUGUCCCUGAGGUGCUGCACAGACCCCCAGUCCCACCUUGCAGCUGACUGCAUGGUGCCUGUGCACAAAAUGAGCAGCUUGGGACUUUCAGGAACAUUCUGCAGCUUGCAAUGGAAUCAAUGUACUGACAGGAGUUAGUCAAACAGAUCAAACUUCAUCGAGUUGCUGUUCUGGGGGACAUGUUAGCAUGGGGGUGCUGUACUGAGACUGGUUGUCACAGACCAAAUUGGAUUGAGCCUGGCCAGACUCAAAGGGCACAGGAAGCCAGAGUCUGUCUGCACACACUGCUUGAGCUGCCUAAUUCUGUAGCAUGUUCACAGUCUCCUCCAUGUCUCAAAAACAGCAUGAAAUCAAGCACAACAAAUGUUUUGCCUGGAAUUUCAACAAGCAGGCAACAGAGUGGAGGAGUCAACUGGAAAGGAAAUGGGAGAUAAUGAACAGGAGGAUGACUUGUAGAUGCCCUUGGAAAUGAAGGCAUGAUGAAAUCCCACAAUGCUGUUUUGAGAGGAUGAGGUGAAGAGGGAGAAAGGGCAAUAAAAAUGGCCAAGCAAACAGCCGUGACGAUUACUUUGGCGACCCUGCUGGGUGUCGCACUGGGGGGCCUGGUUUUGUGGAAAGCGACCCAGCAUCGGAAAGGAAAAACACGCUGUAGCAGUCAGCAAGAGGAAGCAGCAGGAAAGUCAGGAGAUGAGAAACUCAUUAAAGCAGAGGAUAAGAAGGUGCUUUCCUUCUUCAGAUCUCCCACCUUUUGCUGGAUAGAGAAGACCCUUGGUGCAGACAUAGUGAUAGUUUCAGAGCAGGAGGAGUGGGAUCAUGCUGAACCAUUGCUGAAGAAGGAGCUGGAGAAGUGGCCGGUUCUUGGAAUUGAUUGUGAAUGGGUAUCUGUGGAGGGAAAAGCAAAUCCUGUAUCCCUGUUGCAGAUGGCUUCUUCCAGUGGCCUCUGCAUUCUUGUUCGGUUGCCCAGGCUUGUUGCCGGUGGCCGGACUCUUCCAAAGACCCUGGUGGACAUCAUGGCAGAUAGUGCUGUGUUGAAAGUUGGGGUAGGAUGCUGGGAAGAUGCUUGCAAAUUGCUUCAUGAUUAUGGUCUUCCGGUCAAAGGGAGCAUGGAUCUCCGGUAUUUAGCCAUGAGACAGCGGAAGGAUCUACUUCACAACUGCCUUAGCCUUAAGUCUUUAGCUGAAAAAGUCCUGAACUUCCCACUUGACAAAUCUCCUCAUGUGCGUUGCAGCAACUGGGAAGCAGAAGAACUGACACAAGAUCAGGUUCUCUAUGCUGCUAGGGAUGCCCAGGUCUCAGUAGCUCUGUUCUUCCGUUUGCUGGGAUUUACCAGCUUCCCUGCUACAUCUGAAGGUGAAAACUCUGUCACUGCUUGGAAGAAAGCCUGGGGUAAAUGCCAGGGCUUGGUGGAUAUCCCAUUUAGAGGAAGAAAGAGUGGCAGCACAGGAGAGGAGAAGAGUGGAGAGGGACGUUCCCCUCAGAAAACAAAGAAUCGGAAGUCUUGGAUGAACGGCCAGCCCUCUGGCAAUCAGCAAAUGAGAGAUCCACGGAGGCAGAAGCGAAAGCCUCUGGGUGUGGGAUAUUCUGCAAGAAAAUCUCCACUGUAUGACAACUGCUUCCUGCAUGCACCAGAUGGACAGCCCCUGUGCACUUGUGAUCGCAAGAAGGCUCAGUGGUAUUUGGACAAGGGGAUUGGAGAGCUAGUUAGCACAGACCCUUUUGUUGUGAAGCUGCGUUUUGAGCCUUCAGGACGUCCCGAGUCCCAGGUUGAUUAUUAUCUGACAGUCAAAGAAAACCUCUGUGUUGUGUGUGGCAAGCGAGAAUCCUAUAUCCGGAAGAAUGUUGUUCCUCAUGAAUACCGAAGACACUUCCCCAUCCAGAUGAAGGACCACAACUCACACGAUGUGCUCCUCCUCUGCACAUCCUGCCAUGCCAUCUCCAAUUACUAUGACAACCACCUGAAGCAGCAGCUGGCCCAGGAGUUUGGGGCUCCCAUCGGCUCCGAGGAAGGCGUGCGUCUCCUGGAGGACCCUCUGCGCAGGCAAGUGCGCUCGGGGGCGCGCGCCCUGCUGAAUGCAGACAGCCUGCCUGAGCCCCGCAGGGCAGAGCUGCUGCAAGGCAUCAAGGACUUCUAUAACACAGACACAGUCACUCCAGAGAUGCUCCAGGCAGCAGCUGAUCUGGAAACCAGGAUCUGCAAUGAGAGCUACGUGCCACAUGGACUGAAGGUGGUGCAGUGUUGUGCUAAAGGAGGCCUGCGCUCUCUCAUGCAGCUGGAAAGACGCUGGCGGCAGCAUUUCUUGGACAGCAUGAAGCCCAAACACCUCCCAGAGCAAUGGUCAGUGGACCAUAACCAUGUGAAGUUGAUCCAAAAGUAUGGGGAGGAUCUUCAGAUCAAGCUGUCAUGAAACUAACUUCCUGGACUCUGGAUAGUGUCUAAUGGACAUAUGUAACUGAAGAUGGAAAGACUAUUUCUAUUUCUACAUCUCCACUAACACCUGGGGCCUGGGUUUGCAAAAAGGCAGCAGUAGAUCUGCCAGAUUUGCCAGUUAAAAUUAAAUUUGGUGGUUUGUAGAGUUAAAUCUUUGAACUUUCAUGUAGUUUGGAAGUUUAAUCCUACUCUGUCACUUACUAGUUCAGGGCAAGAGUGAUAUGAUAAGGGAACUUGUCUUUUCAAAGUGACUAUGAAGAAUCAUUUUCUUGCUCCCAGGAUGUCUGAUGCCUCCAGACCAUUUCUCAUAUAAAGUGAGUUCAGAGAAAGGCAACAAAAGCACAAUAGAUUAAUGUUUCUGGAUUUUUCUGACAUACAUUUGUGCCCUUAGCUUUACCUUGAGGCCAGCAGGAGCAGGGAGGUCAUCCUUCCCCUGUGCUUGGCACUGGUGAGGCACUUUGAGUGUUGUGUCCUGUUCUGGGCCCCUCAGUUUGGGAAGGACAUUGAGAUGCUUGAGCACAUCCAGGGGAGGACAAGGAGGCUGGUGAGGGGCUUGGAAUACAAGCCCUGUGAGAAACAACUGAGAGAGCUGGGGGUGCUUAGCCUGGAGAAAAGGAGGCUCAGAGGUGACCUUAUCACUCUCUACAGCUCCCUGAAAGGUGGUUGUAGUCUGGUGGAGGUUGGUCUCUUUCUCCAGGCAGGAACUGACAGAACCAGAGGUCACAGUCCUAAGCUGCGCCAAGGGAAAUGUAGGUUGGGUAUUAGGAAAAUGUUUUUUACAUAAAGGGUCAUAAAGUAUUGAAAUAGUUUGCCUGGGGUGGUAGUGGAGUUACCAUUCCUGGAUAUGUUUAAAAAAAGACUGGAUGUGGCUCUCAGUGCCAUGGUCUAGUUGAGGUGUUAGGGCUGGGUUGGACCUGAUGAUCUUGAAGGUCUCUUCCAGCCUAGUGAUUUGGUGAGGGUCUUCUUGGUAAGAAUCUUUCUUUGCUUUCAGUGCAGUUGUAUUCAUAAGAGUUCUUUCUAGAGAAGAUUCCUUGCCAGAGAGAGAUUCCUUGUAGGGAAGAAGCAAAGAAACCUUAUUUUUUGCAGAUUCUGAGCUGUCCCAGCAUUGCAGAUAGGCCUCAGCAAGUUUCCAGAUGGCAAGUGCCUGAUGAGAAGUGACACUCUGGCAGUAUGGAAAUACCCAUGACAAGUCUUCUGUUAAACAGCUUCCAGCAACACAGAGUUUAUAAAAAAUGUUUUUCCUAAUUCUGCUUGUUUGUUGUGAGCAGUGUGCUCAGGCAUGCAGGGCUGUUACAGAGACAGGGUGGCAUAACUCCUGUGGCUGGAAUGUUGGAAUGGGAGGAUGGAGAGCC